GCCACCAUGUGUAAGUGUGUUGACACGCCUGUCGACCAACACGGUGAUAUCCUAUCCAGUUUAUGGAAGCGCCAUCAGCAGCGGGGACAGAGACAGGAACAGGAACAGGAACAGGAACAGGAACAGGACUGGAACAGGGACUGUAGCGAGAACAAAAGUUGAUCAGGGGAGAACGGAACCAGUAAAACAGGACGCGCCACCACCUUGGACUCGAACUUGAAUUACGAUCCACUUCUUCAACCCGAAGCAUCCCUCUCUCAUCACAUUCUCUUUAUUCUGCCCUUUUCUUCCUGUAAACAGCUGCUGAAGCUUCCACCUCCUCUAAGGACAAGUCCUCUAAGGACAAAGCCUCUAAGGACAAGGCCCCCAAGGCCAAUAAGAUGGCUCCCAAGGCCAAGAAGGAGGCUGCCUCCACUGGCGCUGUCCAGAUCGGUAUCGAGUACAAGAAGGACGUUGACUUUCCCAAGUGGUAUCAGCAGGUCGUGACCCGCUCUGAGAUGCUCGAGUACUACGAUGUUAGUGGAUGCUACAUCUUGAGACCCUGGGCUUACAGAAUCUGGCAGGAGAUCCAGCACUGGUUCGACAAUGAGAUCCAAGAAUUGGGCGUUGAGAAUUCGUACUUCCCCAUGUUCGUGCCCGCAAAGAACUUGGAGAAGGAAAAGGACCACGUCGAGGGCUUCGCUGCCGAGGUCGCGUGGGUCACCAAGGCUGGAAACACCGACUUGGAGGAGCCUCUCGCCGUUCGCCCCACGUCCGAGACCGUCAUGUACCCCUACUACGCCAAGUGGGUCCGCUCGCACAGAGAUCUUCCUCUGAGAUUGAACCAGUGGUGCAACGUUGUCCGUUGGGAGUUCAAGAACCCCCAGCCCUUCCUCCGCACUCGUGAGUUCUUGUGGCAAGAAGGUCAUACUGCGUUCGCCACCAAGGAGGAGGCAGAUAAGGAGGUUCACCAGAUUCUGGAUUUGUACCGCCAGGUCUAUGAGGACCUUCUUGCCGUCCCUGUGAUCAAGGGAGUCAAGUCCGAGAAGGAAAAAUUCGCGGGAGGACUGUACACUACCACCAUCGAGGGCUACAUUCCUACGACUGGACGUGGUAUCCAGGCUGCAACGUCUCACUGCUUGGGCCAGAACUUUGCUAAGAUGUUUGGCAUUUCCUUUGAGGAUCCCCAGGGUCCUCUUCCCAACGGCGAGGCCAGGCCUCCUCUGCAUGCCUGGCAGAACUCUUGGGGCUUGACCACCCGUAGCUUGGGUGUCAUGAUCAUGGUUCACGGAGAUGACAAAGGUUUGGUCUUGCCUCCCCGCGUUGCCUCUGUCCAGGUCAUUGUCAUUCCCUGCGGCAUCAACAGCAAGACUACGGAUGAGGAAAAAGCUUCUAUUGAGGAGCGCAUUGCAGACAUUCUUAAGCAGUUCAAGAAGGGUGGCAUUCGCGCCAAGGUGGAUGAUCGCGCAACUUACUCGGUCGGUUACAAGUUCAACCACUGGGAGCUUCGCGGUGUCCCUGUCCGUCUCGAGGUCGGACCCAAGGAUGUCAAGAACAACCAGGCUUUGGCUGCUCGCCGUGACAACGGAGAGAAGGUCACCAUCCAGCAUGAAUCGCUUGUCAAGGACGUUCGCGAUCUUUUGGACACUGUCCAGUCUGAUAUGUUCAAGCGUGCCAAGGAGGGUCGUGAUGCCAACGUUGCCUAUGUGGAGAACUGGAAAGACUUCGUUCCUGCUCUCGAUGACAAGAAGAUUUGCAUGAUCCCCUGGUGCGAAGACCCCAACUGUGAGGAUGAGAUUAAGGAAAACAGUGCGCGCACUGGCAUUGCCAUGACUGAGGUGCAAGACGAGAAGGCUCCCUCGAUGGGUGCAAAGUCCCUGUGCAUUCCUUUGGAGCAGCCCCAGGACAGACCAAUUGUUGCCGGAGAGACAAAGUGCGUCUCCUGUGGAAAGGAUGCCAAGCGCUGGGCAUUGUUUGGACGCAGCUACUAAUUGCUGGUCGUCAGGGAUGGGGGCAUUUUCACGGCUCUAACUGUCUGUGGAAAGACCAUUGGCGGCAAUCAGAUCACAUAUAUGUCAGAGGAGUCUUUCGUAUCUCAAGCUUUCCAUUGAAUAAAUACAUUUUUGUU